AUGCGAGGAUGUCUGCAGUUAGGCCGAUGGCUGAGCGUAGCGCCGAGAUGCCAGGCCGCGAGCCUCCGACCAACUAUCUUUUCUGCGUAUAAUUAUAAAAGAAGUUUCUCUACUACUACGAUCUACUAUGGACGGCCGAAAACGACACACAUAAAACUGGACGUCAACCUUGAGAAGAGAAUCGCCGCAAUCCCAAUCGAACGUUUUCGCAAUUUCUGCAUCGUUGCACACGUUGAUCACGGCAAGAGCACACUUUCCGACCGUUUACUCGAAUUGACCGGUACGAUUGAAGCGGGCACGAACAAGCAAGUUCUAGACAAACUUGAUGUCGAGCGAGAGCGAGGAAUUACGGUCAAAGCACAGACAUGUACUAUGAUCUACAACCAUAAAGGGGAGGAUUAUUUGCUACAUUUGGUAGAUACACCUGGUCAUGUGGACUUCCGUGCUGAGGUGUCGCGAAGUUAUGCCAGUUGCGGUGGAGCGAUCCUCUUGGUUGACGCCAGUCAGGGUGUUCAGGCGCAGACAGUCGCCAAUUUCUACUUGGCCUUUGCGCAAGGCCUCGAGUUGAUUCCGAUUCUCAACAAGGUCGAUCUACCCUCAUCGGAUCCAGAGCGGGCUCUGGAGCAGAUACGAAACACAUUCGAGAUUGAUACGGAAAAUGCGGUGAUGGUUUCGGCAAAGACUGGAUUGAAUGUUCCGGCUGUGCUACCGACCGUGGUGGAGAAGAUCCCUGCACCUAUCGGCGAUUCUAAGAAACCGCUUCGUAUGCUCCUUGUGGAUUCCUGGUACGACUCCUACAAGGGCGUGAUCUUGUUGGUUCGUGUUUUCGACGGUGAGGUGCGUGCAGGUCAGCAGCUUAUAUCUUUCGUUACCGGUCUCAAAUAUUUUGUUGGUGAAGUUGGCAUCAUGUAUCCGACCGAGACCGCGCAAACCGUUCUCCGUGCAGGUCAGGUUGGGUACAUCUACUUCAACCCAGGUAUGAAGCGGAGUAAGGAGGCUAAGAUUGGCGACACCUUCACAAGAGUCGGUUAUGAAAAAAUCGUCGAGCCUUUACCUGGAUUCGAAGAGCCCAAAUCGAUGGUCUUUGUGGCUGUAUACCCAGUGAAUGCGGAUCUCUUCGAGCACCUGGAGGACAGUAUCAACCAGCUGGUCUUGAACGAUCGAAGCAUCACAGUACAGAAAGAGUCCUCCGAGGCCUUAGGUGCCGGUUUCCGUAUGGGCUUCUUGGGAACCCUUCACUGCUCCGUGUUUGAAGACCGUCUACGACAGGAGCAUGGAGCCAGUAUCAUCAUCACACCACCCUCCGUACCAGUCAAGGUCGUGUGGAAAGGUGGUGCCGAAGAGAUUAUCACCAAUCCCGCCAAAUUUCCCGAUGAUGAUAGCGUACGACUCAAAGUUGCCGAGGUCCAAGAGCCAUAUGUUUUGGUCACUUUGACAUUCCCAGACGAGUACUUGGGAAAGGUGAUUGAGCUCUGUGAGGCCAACCGCGGUGAACAACAAAGCAUUGAAUACUUCACAACGACUCAGGUCAUUAUGAAGUAUCAGCUUCCCCUGGCCCAUUUGGUUGAUGAUUUCUUUGGAAAAUUGAAAGGAGGUACCAAAGGCUAUGCCAGCCUGGACUACGAAGAAUCUGCAUGGCGAGCCGGCAACAUUGUCAGGCUACAACUCUUGGUCAACAGGGAGCCAGUGGACGCUGUAACGCGGAUUAUGCAUUCGAGCCAGGUGAGCCGACAAGGCAGAAUUUGGGUAACCAAAUUCAAGGAGCAUGUUGACCGGCAGCUUUUCGAGAUCAUCAUCCAAGCUGCCGUUGGCAAGAAAAUCAUUGCUCGUGAGACUAUCAAGCCUUACCGAAAAGACGUGCUGGCAAAAUUGCAUGCUAGUGAUGUAAGUCGGCGACGAAAGCUGCUCGAGAAACAGAAAGAAGGCCGCAAGAGGUUGCGAGCAGUUGGAAAUGUGGUGAUUGAGCACAAAGCUUUCCAGGCAUUCUUGGCGAAAUAA